AGACAGUCUGAAGUGGUAGUAGAAUGCUACGAAAUGCAACGCAGUUUCUUUUGAGUGUAGUGUGAAAAGCUGCAGUUGUGCACGCGGCAAGAUAGUAAACUUGGGGAAGGGACUCGCGUAAAACUCACCAACGGGCUGGUCCAUGCUUCCUUUACAGGCACACUUUGACGGCGAGAACGGAUCUCCUCACAGACUGACUGUUGCGGAACCUAGACCCCUCCGAUAGGCUGCUUGUUAUGUAGCCCCCCCAUCCUCCGCGCCCCAGGCGGGCUGUCUUCCUAAUUCCUUUUCAAUUGCCGACGCGUCGUUUCAGCUCAUUUCAAUGCACCGAUUCAGACCGCUUAUAAAAGUUACGGCUCCCGCCCAAGGCCUCCGUUCUUCAAUCCAAAAACCCUCCUUCGUUCGUUGUAUGGCCACUAUAGCAAACGACACCAUGCCUUCCGCCACACGCCCCAACAUGGCCCGCCAACUGAGCACCACUUCCGGUGACUACGACCUGUCCUACACGCCCGACGUCCGCAGGACCCUGGGCACAUACGGCCUCACUCCCCCCGCCGUCGAGAGCUACGACGUUCAGAGCGAGCGAUGCCUCAGGCUCCUUGCCAUGAAGACGGCGCCCAUUGAGAAGUUCCAGUACCUCGUCCACCUCAAGGCCACCAACCCACAUCUUUUCUACCGUCUCCUAGGCGAGAACAUCAAGGAAUUGACUCCCCUCAUCUACACCCCCACCGUCGGCGAGGCCUGCGUACGAUGGCACGAGAUCUGGACACAACCCGAGGGCAUGUACCUCUCAUGGAGCGACCGCGGCAACCUUCGCAAGAUCCUCGACAACUGGCCACACCAGGUCGACAUCACUGUCCUCACUGACGGAUCCCGUAUCUUGGGUCUUGGUGACCUUGGCGUAAACGGCAUGGGUAUUCCCGUCGGAAAGCUCGCUCUCUACACCGCCUGCGCUGGUAUCAAGCCAGACAGCACCCUGCCCCUGACUCUCGAUCUUGGAACGAGCAACAAGGCCCUCCGCGACGACCCUCUCUACAUGGGAUCCAGGAUGCCCAAGGUUACUCCCGAGCAGGAGAAGGAGUUCCUCGACGAGCUCAUGGCUGCCCUUACCGACAAGUGGCCCAGCAUCGUCAUCCAAUUCGAGGACUUUAAGAACCCCUUCCCCGCCCUAGAACGCUACCAAGACCAAUACGCCAUGUUCAACGACGACGUCCAGGGAACUGGUGCCGUCAUCGUCGGUGGAUUCAUCAACGCUGUCAAGGCUUCUGGUGUUCCUGCCAAAGACCACAAGGCUAUCUUCCUCGGCGCUGGCAGUGCCGGUGUUGGUGUUGCCAAGCAGAUCGUCGAGUACUUCAUCAAGGAGGGCCUGACAGAGGACGAGGCCAAGCGCAAGUUCUGGUUCGUCGACUCAAACGGUCUCGUUACCCUGGACCGUGGUGACAAGCUGGCCGAGCACAAGGUCUUCUUCGCUCGUGACGACAACAACGGCCGCCAAUACCAGUCGCUCAGCCGCCUCAUCGACUACGUACAACCCACUAUCCUAAUGGGUCUGUCGACUAUCGGUGGUGCCUUCAACAAGGACAUCCUGGAGAAGAUGGCCAAGAUCAACAACCACCCCAUCAUCUUCCCUCUCUCCAACCCUUCAAGCAAAUCCGAGUGCACAUUCGAGGAGGCCGUCAUCGCCACUGAGGGACGCUGCCUGUUCGCGUCCGGUUCUCCCUUCCCCUCAAUGGAGUUUGACGGCAAAAUGCUCACUCCCGGCCAAGGAAACAACAUGUAUGUCUUCCCUGGUAUCGGACUUGGCGCCAUUAUCUCCAAGGCUGUCUCCGUCACCCAAGAUAUGAUCUACGCCUCUGCGGAGUCACUAUCAACUUCAUUGAACAAGCAAGAGCGCGCCGAUGGCUGGUUGUACCCCGACAUCCGCCGCAUUCGCGAGGUCUCCGUCAUCGUCACCCGUGGUGUCAUCCGUGCGGCCCAGAAGAACGGUGUUGACCGUGCCACUGAACUCCGCGGUCUCACUGACGAGCAACUCGACGCGUACAUUAAGAAGAACAUGUAUGACCCAUACACCGAGCCCAAGUACUUCGACAAGAAGGUCUCUCAACAACUUUACGCCAGCGAAAAGUUGAACGGCACCACUGUCGGUGUCACCGAGGUCACCAACGGUGUCGCUCACUUGUAGCUUUCCAAUUCGUCGACAUGUUUUUUUUUUGGCGUCGGGGUUAGCCACUUAGGGUUACCCUUUUUCUUCUUUCGGUCUUGAUAUCAUUUAGACUGGGCAAUAGGUCACAAAAUUUCCUUUUCUGUGGGAUGGCUGGACGGAUUUCGAUACCCUACUACAUUUAAUCGCUUCUCACGAUAACUUGUAGUACACCUAGAUACCUCCGACUUGGUGCAGCUGAGCGCACUGUGGAAUGAAUACAUUAUGUUAUGGACAA